AUGGCACCGAUCAAAAAUGCCCAGCCUUUCAAAAAAGCCCUAUACUUUUCAGAGGCUGAGUUCAAAGAGCGUCAACAGCGGGCUCUGGAGCUCAUGGAGCGAGAAAACCUCGAUGGUUUUCUCAUGACGAAGCAAGAAUCUCUCUACUACUUCACUGGCUUUGAUACCUUCGGCUAUGUCUUCUUCCAAGCCAUGUACUUCCACAAGGAUGGUUCCAUGCGGCUGAUCACUCGAAUCCCGGAUCUGCGCCAGGCUCUCUACACUUCAAUCUUGGAUCAAAGGGAUAUCCUCAUUCGAUCCGACAACGCCGCAAGCAACCCCGUGUCCUUAGUCCCCAAGGUCCUGAAGGAAUUUGGAAUCAACUCGCCAUCCAAGCGAAUUGGGUAUGAACCUGACUCCUGCUCCUUGACGCACCGCCUAGGAAAGGCACUAGAAGAAGCCGUGGACGAUCUUUGCACGCUAGUGGAUCACAGCGAUCUGUUCACCCGGGAGCUCCGCAUUAUCAAAUCGGAAGCUGAAAUGCGCAAGGUUCGAAAGGCCGCUUAUCUCGCCGACUUCGCCCUCGUCCGUACCCUCAAGCUGGCCAAACCCGGGGCCUAUGAAGGCGACCUAUGGCGGGAGAUUGUCGGCACGGUCUACGAGGGUGGUGGUGAUGAUCCUGCCAAUGAGAAUAUCCUUGUUUCGGGCAACAAGGCCGUUCUCACCCGUUACUCGACGGGCAAAGAUAAGAUCGAUCGACAGCUCACGCUCGAGCAUGCCGCAGCUUACAAGCACUAUCAUACGUGUCUUAUGCGCACAAUUCCCAUUGGCGGUAUCACCAAGCUGGCGCGAGAAAUGCACCGGGUCAACAUGCUUCAAAUGGAGGCCGCCAUGGCGGCCCUCAAACCAGGCCGAGAGAUUGGCGACGUGUUCGAGGCUUACGCUCGUGUUGCGGAUGAGAACGGCUUCCGGGACCAACGUUUCAACAGUUGCGGCUACAGCUUGGGUGCAACCUUUUCCCCUACGUGGAUGGAUUUUCCCAUGUUUGUGCGCGGCCAGAACGUGGUGGCACAGUCGGGCAUGGUGUUCUUUAUCCAUAUCAUCCUGAUGGACAAGGCCACUGAUACUGCCAGCUCAAUCGGCCAGACCGUGGAAGUAACUCAGGAUGGGUGUGUUGCGCUCUCCAAGCUGCCUUUCUGUCUUACCCGAAGACAAACCAUUGCCGCUUGGAAGAAAGUCCGAAAAGAGGACUACGGGUUCACCGCUGAUGAGAUCGAUGAUGGGGAGAAUCUCCAAGAUGUCGAGCUCAGCGAUGGGGAUGUUGAUGAGGAGGACUAUGAUGUGGAAUACGAUUUCAGCAACUACAAACCGGCAGCUGCACUGGGUGACCCGACCCAGAGUACUUAA